AUGUCAUACAAGAUUUCUACCUUUAAAGUUUCUGUACUUAAAGAGUCGUCCAAUUAUGUAAUGCCAUACCGCAUCAGCUUUCGUCAGGAUGGUCGACUACGUACAUGGGAUGGCAUCUUAGCUCACGACAGUGUUUCAGUACUUUUGUAUCAUGCUGAAAAGAAGUCAUUACUUUUUGUGAAGCAGUUCCGUCCAGUUGUAUACUAUACAAAGUUGAGGGAACUUGGAAUUAUUUCUAGUCCUAUUGAUGGUGAAGUCGAAACCAAUCAAGUUGAUCUUCCUUCUAGUGAACUUGGCGAAACACUGGAACUGUGUGCGGGGUUAAUUGAUGGGGUACAAAAUAACCCUAAGUUUUACGCAGUUCAAGAAGUUUUGGAAGAGUGUGGCUUUAAAAUUAAAGAAGAAUAUUUACGUCUAAUAAAUUCUUUCUAUACAAGCGUUGGUUUGACAGGAACUAAAAUGAUGUUAUAUUAUACAGAAGUUCAUGAAUAUCAAAAAGUGCCUAAUGCUGGUGGUGGACUACAUGCAGAAGGUGAAUAUAUUGAAGUUGUUGAAUGGCCAAUUUCAAAACUUGAAGAAUUUUUUCAAAGUAAUAAUUCUAUGAAGCAGGCUAUUUCAGUUACUUUAUUAUAUGCUGUAAGUUGGUUUAAAGAAAAUAUUUUGCCUACUUUAUUGUCGGAUAAAAAUAUAGCAUAA